AGUACCGCCUCCCACCUCUGAACCGGGGGGUGGGACGGAAGGAGGCAGCCAGCCUAGCCAGGCGGGAGUGAGGUGGACAAGACGACACAUCCUGCAAUCAAAUGUUUCCUACUUCAUCUCCUGACAGUCCAGGUCACCGCAUGGCUGUUGGGCACUGUGUUCUGGGGAGGCAUAGUUUCCUGUGAGCAUCCUGCAUGUGAUGGCAAGGUGGUGUCUGGCCCGGACUGUUACUGUGGUGUCCCUCACUGUAACUCUGUCUGCUGUUGCUGUCAGGUACCCUAGCUGCCGACUCCCCCACCCCCUGCUCCAUCCAUUCAGAGAGCUUGCCUACAGCUCAGUUCCAGUACAUUGGUUUCAUUUUUACCCUGUCAGCAUGCUGAGCUGUUACAAUCCAAAUGAAAAUGCCCACAACAAAGCUCACACGUCCCCAUAUCCAGGGUCAAAGGUUGAGCGCAGCAAAGUACCUACUGAUAAAGUGGGCUGGCUAGUUGAGUGGGAGGAUUACAAGCCUGUGGAAUACACUGCAGCCUCUGUCUUGGCUGGACCCACGUGGGCAGAUCCGCAGAUCAGUGCCAAAAACUUUUCUCCCAAAUUCAAUGAGAAGGAUGGACAAGUGGAGAGGAGGAGUCUGAGUGGCUUGUAUGAGGUUGAAAAUGGGAGGCCCAGAAAUCCGUCUGGCAGGACGGGAUUGGUGGGUCGAGGAUUAUUAGGGCGCUGGGGACCAAACCAUGCUGCAGAUCCUAUAAUAACUAGGUGGAAGAGAGAUAGCAGUGGCAAUAAAAUAGCUCACCCAAUUUCUGGCAAGAACAUUUUACAGUUUGUAGCAAUCAAGAGGAAAGACUGUGGGGAAUGGGCCAUCCCAGGGGGUAUGGUAGAUCCAGGAGAGAAGAUAAGUGCCACACUGAAACGAGAAUUUAGUGAGGAGGCCUUAAACUGCUUACAGAAAUCCAGAGCAGAGAAGGAAGAGAUGGAGAAGCAAAUGAACAGACUCUUCAACCAGGAACAUUUUGUGGUGUAUAAGGGAUAUGUGGAUGAUCCUCGUAAUACAGACAAUGCCUGGAUUGAGACAGAAGCUGUGAACUACCAUGAUGAACCUGGUGAGACAAUGGAUAACUUGCUUCUGGAAGCAGGAGAUGAUGCUGGGAAAGUGAAAUGGGUUGACAUCAGUGAGAAACUCAAGCUAUAUGCAAAUCAUGGUGACUUCAUCAAACUUGUAGCUGAGAAAUGGGGAGCACACUGGAAUGAAGGCCCUGUUCCUGGCUGCCAUAAAUGAUGCUUCUGGAAUCCAAAUAUAAACUGAAAACCGAUAUCCUCCAUACACCAUCCCUGAUUGAUGGGUAUCGUGUCUGGCUAAUUGAAUAUCUCCAAUAAUGCUAACCCUGAUAAUGCUGCAUUUGGUUGCUGACAAUCUCUCAAUGUUGAGUUGCAGUACUCUCAGGGAUAGCCUGAUGGCUCCAACAUUGGGGAGCGGAAUUGCAUCAAGAAUGUCUGCUUGCAAGUGACUGAGAUUCAGCUCUAGAAAGGGCUUUGAAUGUGGUCUGCUGAUAGGACACACAACUACAUUCAACCAUGAGCAUCAUAACUGAGACAAUUCGACCAGCCCAGUACCAUGGUUCCCUGUGUUAUGCAACAUCACUCCUCCACACAUCCAUUGUGAGGAUGCUAUAGCCCGAAUGGUUGAGAAGAUCAGGGCAAACCUGAGCCUACCAAUGUGCACAGACAUCUCUGACCACCCAACAGUAUGUUUGUUGUCAAGGCACCUGUUGUGGGCCCACUUGUCCUGUCCAGAUUUCUCUGUGAUGUUAAUGUGGUUUGAAGAAUGGUCUGCAGCUGAUGUCAGAAACCAUUCUCUUAUAACUGAUCCGACCAUGUAUGUACCCAGCCUUGAUUUGCCACACUUGCUCAUGUGCCAUUCUGAAUCAAUUUCAAAUGGGCCAGAGUAAAUAUGCAGCCAGCCUUCACAUCUUAGCUCUUUUAGUAUUUCAUCAUC